AUGACGGAGCCGGUGUCCUCCAGGGGCGGGUCCCCCGCCAGGGCCGUGGAGGAGGCCCUGGGGGACGAGCGCAGGCUGGUCAUCCACCAGCCCGGGGAGGAGCCGCCCCACCGCUGCCCGCUGUGCAGGCGGACCUUCCUGCAGCAGCCCGGCCUGGUCCUGCACCAGAAGGCGCACGCGGGUCCGGGCCGCGCCGCCUUCGUGUGCCCCGAGUGCGGCAAGGCCUUUGGCGUCAAGCACAACCUGGAGGUGCACCAGCGCACGCAUACGGGCGAGAGGCCCUUCACCUGUCCGGACUGCGGCCGCCGCUUCAGCCUCAAGCAGAACCUGCUCGCGUACCAGCGCAUCCACAGCGGCGAGAAGCCGCACGAGUGCGCGCAGUGUGGCCGCCGCUUCCGUGAGCCGCGCUUCCUGCUCAGCCACGCGCGCACCCACGCGCGCGCUCCUCCGCCGCCCCCGCGCCGCCCCGGAGUCUUCGGGGAGCGACGGCCCUUCUGCUGCGCGCGCUGUGGCGAGAGCUUCGCCCGCGAGGGAGCCCUUAAGACGCACCAGCGCGGCCACGGCGCGGACGGCCACGCGGCGCACAGGGGCCGCGCGCUCUGA